UACAGCCUCCUCUGUCUCCCACCGAUGAAAGGACCAUGACAGAGAUCAAAGAGGAGAACUUUCUAGAGGAAGGCCCCGAGCCAAGAGGAAUGCCUGAGGCUUCUUCAGGAAGAUUGCUCAAUGAUAUUUUCAUCCAAACUACGGCUGAUGAAAGAGAUCUGUGGGGCACUGCUAAUGAAAAUGAAACACAUCACGCAUUCAAGGGAAGUGAUAUGAGUCUAAAGGUGAAAGAGAACUUUGGGAACCAUGAUAUCCCAAAAAAGCAGGAGGAAGACCAUCUGGAUAAAGGAAGAAGUAAAUCCGUUCCUUAUUGUAAUGGUGGCUACCAUGAAGCAACACAGGAAGGAAAGAGAAGGAAUGAAUGCUCUAGAUGCGCAAAAAGCUUUGCUAGCAUUGCAACACUUAAAGCACACCGGAAUGUACACACAGGGGAGAAACCAUAUGACUGCUUGCAGUGUGGAGAGAGAUUCAGUCAAAGCUCAACUCUUAAAGUGCAUCAAAGAACCCACACAGGAGAGAAACCAUAUAAAUGUCCAGAAUGUGGAAAGAGCUUUAUUCUGAAGUCAAGCCUUACAAUGCAUCAAAGAACCCACACAGGAGAGAAGCCAUAUAAAUGUUUUGAAUGUGGAAAGAAGUUUGGAUAUAGUACAUACCUCAUUGUGCAUCAAAGAAUCCACACAGGAGAAAAACCAUAUAAAUGUCUGGAAUGUGGAAAGAGCUUUUAUAUGAAGUCAAACCUUACUGUGCAUCAAAGAACUCACACAGGAGAAAAACCCUAUAAAUGUUUGGAGUGUGGAAAGAGGUUUCUUGAAAGAUCACAUCUCAUUAGACAUCAAGGGAUUCAUCUAAGGGAACGACUACAUCAGUUUCACAAGUCUGGAAAGAGUUUCAGGCAGAGCAUACCACAAAGAAACCAUGCAGGUGAAAAACUGUAUAAAUGUUUAGAAUGUGGAAAGAGCUUUAUGCAAAGUACAAACCUCAUUAGACAUCAAAUAAUCCACACAAGUGAAAAACCAUAUAAAUGUUUAGAAUGUGGGAAGAGUUUUAUGCGGAGCACAAACCUUAUUAUGCAUCAAAGAACCCACACAGGUGAGAAACCAUAUACAUGUUUGGAAUGUGGAAAGAGCUUUAGUCAGACAUCAAGUCUUGCUAUCCAUCGAAGAAUACACACAGGAGAGAAAUUAAAUGAAUGUACAGAAUGUGGAAAAAAGUUCACAACAAAUGAAAACUUCAUGAAACAUCAAUUACUCCACAAAGGGGAAAAACCAUAUAAAUGCUUGGAAUGUGGAAGGAGUUUUAGUUUGAGCCAAAGACUUACAAACCAUCAAAGAACCCACAAAGAGGUGAAACCAUAUAAAUGCCUAGAUUGUGGCAAAAGCUUCUGCCACAGCAUAAGUCUUAAGAGACAUAAAAAUGUACAGACAGGCGGAUGUAAAAAGAGCUUCAACCAGACUCAAACCAAUACAAGAACCCAAACCAAGAAGAAACCAUAUCAGUGCCUGGAGUGCCGAAGUUGCUUCAGUCACAAUUCAAAUCUUAUUAGACAUCGACUAAUUCACACGGGCGAAAAGCCAUUUAAAUGCCAGGAAUGUGGAUCUUGCUUCAGCCAGCACUCAAACCUUAUGAGACAUGUGCAUAUUCACACGAGGCAAAAAACAGUAGAAAGGUUCAGCUCUUGUCCACAAACAGAGCAUUCACUUGGGGAGAUUGUCUAAAUGAUCAGGCUGUUCAGGAUAAAAGAAAUGCAAAACGUGUGAAUUGAUGGAGAAGACAAUACCGGUAAACACUUUAGAAGAUCAAAAUUCAAGUCCAGUAGCACCUUAGUCCCAACUAGAUUUCCAGGUUAUAAACUUUUGAGUCAGAGCUUCGUCAGAUACAAGGAACAGAAAAAGGAAGGGGACUUUAUAAUCCAGGCAGAGAGUGGGAAGGGUAUUGCAAAAUAGAUUGUGAGGAAGCUAGCUAUAAUACAAGUUGUAGUUAGCUUGACAGAGCCUGGGUGGGAAGAGCAGAAAAUUACCAUUUGUGAUGUGAGAAAAAUCUUAUCUUCUACUUCCACCCAGGGGGAUCCAUUGUUCCUAAUUUGCAAAUAAACUCAAUGUUUGCAGUCUAGUGUUGUAAUUUUCAAGUUUCUCCGUUUGAGAACUGUUACUCUCCCACUGGUUUUUGAAUGUGAUCCUUGAUAUCAGAUUUAUGUCCAUUCAUUCUUUUGUGAAGGGACCGACCCGUUUGUCCAAUAUAGAGAGUUGAAGGGCAUUGCUGACACUUGAUGGCAUAUAUAAUGUUGGAAGAUGAUCAAGUGAACGAUCCUGACAUGGUAUAGCUGGUGCUAUUAGGUCCAGUGAUUGUGUGAUUGGAAUGCAUAUGGGGGCAGAGUUGGCCUCUUGGUUUAUUGCAGGCCCUUGUCCUGGAGUCUCUGUUCCUGUUAGGAAAUGCAUUUUGUGAAUGAGUUGUUGUUUAAGGUUGCGGGGGGUGGGUGGGUGGGCAGGCUGUCUGUGAGCAAGAAAAGGUUUGCCACCCAAUGCCUAUGAGAGAGCAGUAUCGUUCUCCAGGAUAGGUAGCAGGUCAUUAACAAUUUGCUGAACUGGUUCGAGCUGAUAGCUACAUGUGACUACCAGUGGUGUUCUGUUUUAUUCCUUUUGGGCUUAUAUUAUAGCGGGUCAUCCUUGGUAUCAUUUUGGCUUUGUUGAUCUGGGAUUUUUUUUCACACUCCAAUUUACAACACCUCUCCUAUCCUCUACCUGGAUUAUAAGGACUCUUUCCAUUUUCCACUCCUCGUAUCCAACGAAGGAAGCUCUGACUCUCCAGAGCACAUAUUCUGGAAAUCUAGUUGGUCUUUAAGAUGUUACUGAACCAGAAUCUUGCUCUUCUACUACAGAUCAAUGCAGCUACCCAUCCAAAACUGUAAACACUUCAGUGUGGAAAGAACAUUGGAGGAUAUAGGAUCCUCACUUCAUAUCACUGAGCCCUCACCAGAAAAAAUACAUGUAGUAGAGAGAUUUGUUUAUUCAGUAUUUCCUCCAGCUCUUUGUAUUUUACUUGUUCCCUAUGGGAACACCAGGCAGACAUUUUCAGCAUUUUGACAAUGAGGAAAGCUGGAUCCAUGGAUACUUACAAAAUUUUGCUUCCUUACCUGUUGAGCAGUUUGGUAAUUUAUAUUCAGUAAUGAAGUUAACAGAUCAAGAAUUCAAGCUGGACACCUACCUGAAUACUAGUCUCCAUUUUAUAGCAAUGAAAAUCACUCUUUGUCAUCUUGCAAAUCCUAACAAAGUACCUUUACUUGAUAUAUUAAGCUAGUACUUUGUGUAUGUUACAGGCUGUUUGGGAUAAAUAGAACAGUGGAACAGAAGUGAUUAAAGAAUUAUCUCUGAAAAUUCAAAAUAUUAUUAGGAAACAUCUAUUUUUGUAAAGUUCUUCAAUAUAUAUAUUGCUAAUGUAUGAUCUUGAAAUUUUGUCCUUUUGCAUUUAAAUAAAAUAUCUGCUUGAUGAGAGAAUGGACAGGAGAACCAGGAGUAUCUA